UGAUCGCCGACCAAUUGGUCAAGCUGGGCCAAUCUCCCUCUAGCGCGCUGUUUUCACGUAGUGCUCAUGAAAAUCAAUACUCUUCGCCUCGCAAACUAGACCGGUCGUCGACCCUUCACCAUAUUUAAGUAACGCGAGGACGGAGUUUUCGUCGCACUCCCCUGAAACCUUAAAUACGUGAGGUACCCAAAAGGUGCGGCUUUUCACAAACUCGUUCCCAGAACGAAGGCUCAGUGUGGUCGGGACCAUCUCAGCUGGACCGAUACUGUGAAGAAUUUUCCCAGGCCAGAAUUUCCUUGAGCUUUGUCGGAUUCUCUUCGAUACUUUCCCCGGUUUCAAUUGCACCUAUCUAUUUCUCCCCAAGCUGCCGUUUCCUUAGUUGUUCCCAAUGAACCAACAAGGCAUUUCCGGCUUGUUCCGAGCCAUUGCGCCUUCGCCAGUAUCGCUAGGCAGACCUACGCCAGGGCCAGAAUCAGGAAAAGUGGAGGGGAGGAUAGAAAGAGCUUCGACUGCCUGCAAAGAGUGCCGAAGACAUCGGACAAGGUGCAGGAAUGGACAGCCAUGCUCAGAAUGCCAGAGGCACGGCCGUGAGUGUAUUAUCCAUCAGUACUCUGAUAAACGCCGCAAAACCACCCAGAAAGAGGCCCAGGAGAGACUACAAUACUACCGCACAUUCUUGGCCGAAUUAUUAGAGAUGAUUCGAGUUAGCAGCUCCUCCGAACUCCAGCAUCUUGUGAACAUGAUCCGAUCGGGAGCGUCGCAGCAAGAAAUGCGAAAUAUGAUUGCCAAUUGCUUGAGCAGGGACUGGAAGCCAGAACCAGACGAUCACCUCAGUGGACGCAUCGAAAUGGACCCGACAGGGCGAGACGCAGAAAUAUAGCGAAUAUAAGUUGACUCUACGACACUUUCGAGAGAAGCACUUGCAGGAUCGAAGGUGUCACAUGUGUGACGAAGAUCUACUACAUGAGAUGCAUGUUCGCAGGCAUGCAGAUGAGGUUCAUCGCCUCAGCACAGAACGGAAUUACUAUGCCAAAGAAGAUACAGGACUGGACAUUGAUACCGAUUAAUUGGGAGGCUUGCAGGUUUUCUGUCAAAUUGAAGAACUCUAUCUUUUGUCUUUGCUUGAGAAUAAUCAAC